ACGUAGGGGUCACAGUGAGGCGGAUGCUGUGUAGCCUCCUGGUCAACAGCUUGGCCAGCCAAUUUAACUGGGCUGGAAAGGGGGAAAAAACUGCGUUUAAGGACACCAAGAUCCAUGAUGUCCUGUUUGAUGCUCUACAAAAGCAGCUGCCAGGGAGCACACACGCUACUUUUAGUGACGCAAUCAAGAAGUGGCUUAAGUAUGCGCCAAAGAGAGAGGGAGGGAUGAGGAGACGUGAGGUGUCUGCGCCGCAGGAGGAAUAGGCCACAAUUAUAAAUUAUAAAUAAAUCAUAAAAUGUUUCUAAGAA